UAGGAGGGCACUGCGCGAGUGGUGGGGAUUCUCCGCAGAGCCGGGGGGAGCCCCACGCGGUUCCGGGGUCUGAGCCGCCCAGCCUGCAACUUCUGAAAUGACCGCAUGCGGCUAGACCCCUCUGCCCGGUGAUUCCAGGCAGCAUCUUCCCGGGGCGGCCCCUUCUCAGCCACCCUCCGCGGACUGUCCUGGCUGAAGAACGGGGUGUGGGGGCUGCCAGGACAGGUCCCUGCUCCCCGAGAUCCAGGAUCUGGAUCGGGGAUCGCCUCCGAGGGGCCGCACGCGCGUGUGCAGGCGGAUGUGAGGCGCAUCUCAAUUGGCGGGCGGGGGAAGCGGAUCAGGUUGUUACUACUGCAGAGCGCGCGAGCGAGGGAGCGGGAGGAGAGCCGCAGCGCUGGCCGGCGCGGGAGUGGGAAGAGGGGACCUGGACUUCGGGGCGGCAGACUCUCGCUGCCUUCCACACCAGCCCACGCCGAUCGGCUCCCGGAACGUCCCCGGCUAUCCCCUCUGCCACCAUGAGAAACAUCUUCAAGAGGAACCAGGAGCCCAUUGUGGCUCCGGCCACCACCACUGCCACAAUGCCCCUUGCGCCCGCCGCGCCUGCCGACAACUCUACAGAGAGCACGGGCACUGGGGAGAGCCAAGAAGAUGUGUUCGCCAAGCUGAAGGAGAAGUUCUUCAACGAGAUCAACAAGAUCCCCUUGCCCCCCUGGGCUCUGAUCGCCAUGGCUGUGGUUGCUGGCCUCCUGCUGCUCACCUGCUGCUUCUGCAUCUGUAAAAAGUGCUGCUGCAAGAAGAAGAAGAACAAGAAGGAGAAGGGCAAAGGCAUGAAGAACGCCAUGAACAUGAAGGACAUGAAAGGGGGCCAGGAUGAUGACGAUGCAGAGACAGGCCUGACUGAAGGAGAAGGUGAAGGCGAGGAGGAGAAAGAGCCAGAGAACCUGGGCAAAUUGCAGUUUUCUCUGGACUAUGAUUUCCAGGCCAACCAGCUCACCGUGGGUGUCCUGCAGGCUGCUGAACUCCCUGCCCUGGACAUGGGGGGCACAUCAGACCCUUAUGUCAAAGUCUUCCUCCUCCCAGACAAGAAGAAGAAAUAUGAGACCAAGGUGCACCGGAAGACGCUGAACCCAGCCUUCAACGAGACUUUCACUUUCAAGGUGCCAUACCAGGAGUUAGGAGGCAAAACCCUGGUAAUGGCUAUCUAUGACUUUGACCGCUUCUCUAAGCAUGACAUUAUCGGGGAGGUGAAAGUGCCCAUGAACACAGUGGACCUCGGUCAGCCCAUUGAGGAAUGGAGAGACCUACAAGGCGGAGAGAAGGAAGAGCCAGAGAAGCUGGGUGACAUCUGUACCUCCUUGCGCUACGUACCCACUGCUGGGAAGCUCACCGUGUGUAUCCUGGAGGCCAAGAAUCUGAAGAAGAUGGAUGUAGGGGGCCUUUCAGACCCCUACGUGAAGAUCCACCUGAUGCAGAAUGGCAAGAGACUCAAGAAGAAGAAGACGACGGUGAAGAAGAAGACUCUGAACCCCUACUUCAACGAGUCCUUCAGCUUCGAGAUCCCCUUCGAGCAGAUCCAGAAAGUCCAGGUGGUUGUCACCGUGCUAGACUAUGACAAACUGGGCAAGAAUGAAGCCAUCGGGAAGAUCUUCGUAGGUAGCAACGCCACAGGCACGGAGCUUCGGCACUGGUCCGACAUGCUGGCCAACCCCCGGAGGCCCAUCGCCCAGUGGCACUCUCUUAAGCCCGAGGAAGAAGUGGAUGCUCUUCUGGGCAAGAACAAGUAGGCUACAGAGGCUGGGGCCACGCCCCUGAGGACACUGACAAGAUCCAGAGCUAUCAAUACCUCAGUUAUGCGACCUUAGAGGUUUCUUCAUUUGUUUGCGGUGUGUCCUGUUUUUCCUUCCUUUUUUUUCUCUUUUUAAAGACUGACUUCCUUUUGGUGACUGUGUGAAGAGAGUCCCCUGAGACGUGAAUGAGAAGCCUGGCUCUGUUACUGUCCCAGGAGCGGUCCUUGUUGCAUGCCCUAUCACGGUUUCCCUCACCCCAAGUGGGGCCCUCUACUGUCAGAAAGUUGAAGCACUUCCUGCUUUUCCUGGGUUUUGGACCAACAAAAUGGCAAGCACAUUCUGUUUCUUGACUGUGAAGGAAACAUAGUGGCCAGCAUUGUAUGUGUGUGUGUGUGUGUGUGUGAGUAUGUGUGUAUAUGUGUGUGUGUGUGUGUGUGUGUGUGUGCCCAUCCAUUCCCACCUGCCUCUGUUUUGAACAUCUCUCCAUUUCUGGAAUGAGCCACGGACAAUGAAGCCAUGUGAGAGGAGGAAGUCUUCAGAGACUCCAAGGUAAAGAAAGCCCCACUGCCUAAGUGGUCAGAUGCCAGAUGUCCUAUAGUCCUCGCAAUGGCAAUUCGGAAGGCAGCAAGAUGCGUUACUGGAUGCAUUCAGAACUAGGACCAAAGCCCUUGAUUUCAUCACAGACUCCCUCUUGUCAGUCAUGGCUUUCGCCAGGAGUGGGGUUUUGGGGACAUUCAUGGAAAUAAACUAUUCACUAGAUUUGUUGGACUCUACCAGGAACUGCCAGCCCCGGGAUGUCGCUCUUGUUGACAACAUCUUAAACUUUGAAGAAACAGAAGUCCCAUUACUCAGAAAGCCUAAAAUUAAGCUCCUGGAUCUUUGCCUCAUCCAGUGGGAAGCCGGCGCUUCCUCCCUCUGCAGAGUACAGGCAGCGUGUUCAUUUGCAUUCACGCACCAUCUUGCUUUUGCCUCUGUUUCCCUUUUUGUGUAAGUGGAAAAAUACCAUCUCAAGACAAGUGCUUUGCACAGAGCCAGAGACUUGUUAGAGGGAUGCUUGAGUGUUUAGUUCCCUUGAGUCCAGGUAAGGGGGAGGUGUCAAGAAGGGGAGCUUGGGUGGACAGUGGAGAGCUGGAUAGUGCAGAGCUCCUCACAAGUCCCAUUCCUGACCCUCUGGACCCUUUGACCCUCAGUGAUGGUAGCUGGAGUGGCCCAGGCCGACCUGUGGAGAGGCCCUGUCCUUCCAUUCCUUAAAGAGCGUUUUCUCGGAAUGCCAGGAAACACAGGACAUUCAUUUCAAAUGGGCGGUGGAGAAAAUGUGCUAAGGUUUACACCCUGUGUUUGUGUUCCUUUCCCAUUCUCUACUUGUCCCCAGCAUUGAUAAAAAGCCAUAUAUAUGUUAGUCAGGCCGGCCCUAAGUACCCUUCCUAACCUACAGGCUGGGCAGGGAGUCUAGGCUCCGUGUACCCAGGGCUGCUCCUUUCCCUUGGUCUUGCAUUUGUUCUUGAAUCUCUUAGGCCCUUGUUCUCUUACCACAGAAAAUAUAAGCUUUCCUUAAGCCGGCGGGGGUGGGGGGUGGCAUGUUCUUCAACAGCAAAUGUGGCAGGACAUCUGCUCUGCCCCACCUGGGCCCUUCUGCUUCUUGUAGGUCUCGGAGAUGGAUGGUGUAGAGUUUGACUUUGAAAACCCAGCCUGGAGAAGGUGCAGUGUCUUAAUUGUGGUGAAAAUGAGGAGACGUGGGUUAGCUUUGCUUUUGUUUUUUGUUUUUGUUUUUUGUUUGUUUGUUUGUUUUCUUUUCUGUUUUGGUUUAAGUAGGGAGUGAGGUAACACUUCUACCAGAGACAGAGUGUGAAUUGAGGUUUGACCUGCCUCUCUUUUAGAGAGCCUUCUGCUACUGGCCCUUGGCAUGUGGGAAAUUGUAUGUGUGUUUAUGCUAAACACUGAGAAAGGAGGACUCUGGUAGGAUUACGGGCUGUAGCCCUCGGGAUCAGAGUUCUGGUCGUGGUAGAACAUUGCUGGGCCAUUGGGUAAACUCAGAGUUCAGGUGGUUAGAGAGUGCCAGGGUCCCCAUAUGGACAUCUGAUGUCGAUGGAUUCUUUUCUGUGGAAUCUUGGUGCUUUCCCGGUCCCUCCCCCCACUGGCUCACCCACAUUCCAUGAAGCCCAUUCACAGAAACUCCCCCGUCAACCUUACCCUCCUUCCCGUGUUCUCCCAGCCUUUCCCAUCACCUUUAAGCUCCCUAGGUUCUCUCCUAUAAACUGCACUCAGCCCUCCCAUAGUCAGUAGUUCUCCUGCGCUGCUGACAGAGGGGAGGAACGAAUGGCGGGUGCCUCUGUGGUUUGACUGUCCCUGGGCUUAGAGACAGGCGAGAGCUCAUCACUGUGGGCAGCCUGCCAGGGCCCUUGACUCUGAUCACUAGUUUGGAGUCAGCAUGGAUGCUCCUCAGGCUUAGGGCUGGUCCUGGACUAGCCACCCAAGCAGAUGGCACCCGUCCAGGUCCAGGGGCCAGACAGGAACAUGUUGUGGCUUAAGUUUUUCUGCAUUGGUGUGGGGGGGGGGGGCUGAUGUGACCCAAACCCCAGCACUGCAUUCCAAACCUUCACUGCCACAGGGGUUUAUUUCUGGGGAUGUCAGGAUCUGGGGGUAUCAAGACUAAGCAGAGACAGUCAAUGUUUCUGGGUGGUGAGGAAUUCUGGAUACUUCUGUGGAUAGAAGUUUUUAUCCCAAAGAAAGGAAAAUAUUUACUAGAGGGGGUUUGUUUUUGUUUUGUUUUUAAAGAGAGCUUAAGACCAUGAACACCCAAACUCCACUCAGGAUCUGGGGGCACAUGUUCUCCCUGAAUGAUCCUCCAUAUGUGAAGCAACCUCUGCAAUGCUGGGGCAGUGUUGGAGACUUAAGAAACAAAGGCUGAGGCCUGGGGACUAGGGAGCUCCCAGCCAAGCAGGUGCUUGGAAUGAGCAGGGCGAGGCCCGCCUGGCCAGAGACCUCCGUCUUUCUUCCCAGGAAGCCAACACAUCGUUUUUUGUUUCUGUAAAAAUGGUUUGUGGUGAUCUUGCUGGCCCAAGAUUCAGUGGGAGACGGGGGAGGCUUUUUAACCACAGCCUUUUCGUAAAGGUAGCUUUUAUAAACAUGUCUCCAUGCUGGACACAAGGGUGGGCGAUGCUCACACAGAGGAAGGACUCCCUCGUUCAUUUAAUGUCAUGGUCUCCAUCCUGUAGGGAGAGCCUGAAUCUGAGGGCGUACAUAGCAGUGGUCUUCCUGAAGGAAGAGCUGGAACUCCCAUCCCCUGCUCACUGGCCCACAGCCCCGUAAUGGCUGCCAGACUUGGCAAAUACAAAUACAGGAUACUUGGUUAAACUUGAAUUUCAGACAAGCAAAUACUUUUGAAGUAUAAGGAUGUCCUGUGCAGUAUUGGGGCCAUACUGUACCGUAAACAGUGAUUCAUCGUUUAAUGUGAAAUUUAAGUUGAAUUGGCUAAUCCUGUAUCGUGUCUGGCGACGUACCCUCUGGCUCCUUCAUCUCUCUUUUCUUCAGUCCCAAGGGUCAGGGGCUGGUUACCACAGUUUUGAUUUAGCCUGUUUUUUUUUUUUUUUUGAACUGCAAUAUUGAGAAGGGGGACACUGUGACUUGAAGAUAUAUGAAUAUACUUUAUUUUUGAAAGUAACAACUAAACAGGAACCUUCGGAAGCCAUUGCGCCUCAUUGGAACUCCCCCCCCCACCCCUGUUCAUUUAGUUAUAUAAUAUAAAAAGAAGAUGCUAUCUAUAAACAUACGAGCAGAAUCUUGUUUAAUCAAGAUGCAUGUCUACAAUUCUGUAAAUAGCCGCAUGGCCAUGCUGAGAGUCCUCUUGAUCUCCCAACCUCAGACCCGUUUUCCAGAACUGGCUGCUCCUCGAUUUUAUGUUGUGUAAAGUCUUUGUCCUCACCUCCCCUACAGGGAAUGUCCACAGUGGGAGAUAAUGUUCUGGCCCCGGUGCCAGCCCUGCCCAGGGAAGAUGCUGAAAGACACUAGCCCCGAAGGCAGGUCUGCUGCAUGUCUAUAGGGCUAACCCUUGGGGCACAGUGCACUGUCUAGCCUGGCGUCUGGUGUCCCGUUGCUUCCGUGUUCCACGUGUGUGACGUGAUUCCUGUCUUCCCACUGUCUUGAAUAAACUGAAAAGCCAUAAAGGGGCCUCCUACAGGAGGGUGCCCUCCACUCCUUCCAGGAGCCUCUCUGUCCCUCUCACUGGCUCCCCACAGAACACAUGUGAAGGGCUCACCUGUCCGUCACCCUCUCUUGCUCCCUUAGCCCUAUGUCGUGAGGACAGUUGUGUUUCAGGGCUUCUGGUGGGGUGUCGGGAGAUGCCUCUGGCUGGCUUUUGUGGCCUGAGUCUGAUGGUGGGACUUAGAAGCAGGGCUGUGGUUGUGACCCUGUGGCUUCUUAAGAGGCCCAGAGGCAACCAGAAAACCAGGGUUUCUGAAGCAGUCAGCAGCCCAGCCUAUAGCCAGGCUUUCAGUGGCAGCCUGGGAUGAUCAAGGCCAGCCCUGCCUACUUCUCCCUGAGCUGUCAUGGCCCACAGGGAAAACUUAGAACUGCAGUGGUUAAACUCUCCACCCACUCUCUCCGUUGUCUGGCAGUGCCACAGAGCAGGGUGCCCUGAGAGCAAGGUGGGAGGUGUGGUGGGGGUAAGGGGUCACUCACAACCGAAGAGCAUUAGGCUCUGACCCUCACCUCAGCUCCCAGGGCAGCCUGAGCAGGCAUGGCAAGUAGUGAGUGUAUGGGGUAGACAGGGCUGGAGCAGCUUGGGCACCCACGGGGCCCCCAGAAGCCAGUCAUAGGUUACUAGUCCAGGGGACCUCAGGCAGAUUGGGCAAGUGUAUUGGACAAGACCAGGGACAAACAAGGUGGAGUUGGCUGGAGAUCGCCUGUCUCCAAAGAAACUGAAACUGGGCACUGUGGCAGCAGAGUGUGGCAAGGUGGUGGGAGCUGUGCGUGGGCCUCAGUUUCACCCCCAGCUUUCCUCAGCAGCCAGGAAUUCAGGGGAAGGACCUGGAAGCCUGACCAUUGUGCUCUAACUCCUGCUCACCUAAGGAUUUGAUUUGCUUUCUGAAAACCUUGGGCCCAGAAACUUUCAAAACUGGGGCAGCAGCUGAGCGUGCCAUGUCCCCCUGGAAUAUGCUGGCCCCGCCAGGAGCCCUCCCUGUCUUCCUAAGAAGGACGCGUGUAGCCCUCCCCCUCCCCAACUCUGCUUGGCAAUGCUCUCUCCAUUCCCUUCUGUGGACUCUGUUGUUCUUGUCUGAUCUCUUGUCAAAUUGUUAUUUUGUAAUGAGCUGCGUCUCCUUAUUAAAGAAAAGAGCUGAAAG